UGACUUACAUAAAUGUCAAAUUUGGAAUGCGACACGAAUAAAAUUACUCAAUGGGGAUAACAGUGGAAUUUGUUUUGUUUAUUACGAAGUCAAACAAGAAAUAAUGGAGACCGCAGAUUGUGUUUUGGAUGACGAACUGUUAGUCGCCAACGAUGACUUUAUUUGCAAUUUUUGUUCCUUGGAAUUUCCCAACUCCCUUGCAAGAACCGAACACACGUUGCAACACUUUAGGCAAGCAGUCUGUUCUGGAUGUGAAGAGACGCUGAUUUGCAUCGGUGACGUCUGGUACGGACCGCAUAGCGCCUCAAAUUGUUGUAAGGCAAACACGGAUGCUGUAUCUGAAGUACAAGUUUCCGAUGAGGUGAUUCUACCCGACUACAUUGAAAUCAAACAAGAGGAAAUUGUUGACAUUGAUGACGACGAAGAAGAGGUACGCGUCUACGACGAAGAAGAAAUCAGUAUUCAUGAUGAAGAGAGUGAUUUAUUUGGUGAAAAUGAACUCGACGAAAAUGAACCAGACGAGGUUGAUACCAUUUUUGAUGCGGACGAAGACCAAGCAAUCGCAGAGCAAUAUCAUGUACCAACCAUUUCGGCUGAAAACGAGUUGACCACUGACCGAAAAAUAGAAACAGAAUCGACGAAAAAAUGUUUCAAAAUUGUCAACAAAAAGUUUAAAGUUGACCUAAGUAAUUGCAAAAUGACCCCGAUACAUCAUAAAAAUAAAUGCAUUGGCUUUAAAUCGGAACCCCGUGCAAAGAAAUUGAACCACACACCACAUGAAAAGAAAAUGAUCCAAACACCACAGCAGCAACAGGAAGAAAAAGAAGACGAUUUGGAGUUAACGUUUGAUAAGGAAAUGCUUGGUGGAAGAGAGGUGACGUUGGGCUUGACGCAAGAACAAUUGAACAGUCGACAGUGUCCAAUAUGUUUCAAAGUCAUCAUUAACCGACAAAAUUUGAUAUGUCACAUGAACAUCCACAGUGGAGAUAGACCAUUUGUUUGUGACGUUUGCCAAAAAUCAUUUGCACACAUACGAAAUCUGAAUCGGCACAAGGAGCAACAGGGUCACUCCGACUUCCAAUUCCAAUGCAUUGUACAAGGUUGUGGAAGGCAUUUCAUGAGCUCCAAUAAAAUGAAUCGACACAUUAAAUUGGAUCAUCAAAGUAAUGCAAUCAUAAUUCCGCAAUUGCCAUUUGAGUGUCCGCAUUGUCGAAAAGCAUUUUCAUCGAUCGGUUAUUUAAGAAUGCAUAUAAAGCAAGGACACAGAAUUUCUUAACAAUUCCGUAUUAAAGUAUUGAAUAGAAUAAGUAGAAUAUAAAAAUCUCUAUAUUCACACAUGUACUCAAUUAAGAUUAGUAAUAAGUAAUAUGAUUUUAUUGUGAAAUUCUCGGCAACUAUCUUAUAAAAAAAAUCGUCUUAAAAUUAAAACUACUUGGAUAAAUUAUGUAAUAGAUAAAGCACCAUUGUGUGGAAUUCCAAUAAACUUGAAAUAUUCAUCAGUAGAAUGAAUUG